AUGGCAGCUGCCGAGCGAUCCGCGGAGGCCGCCAUGUUGUACGGCACAAGGGGGCGCCAUGUUGUACGGGCGGGGAUAGCCACUGCCUAUGGCGCCAAUGUGUCGUCACGGUCGCGGGGCGGGCGGCUGGAUUUGAACGGGCGGCGGCGGCCGGGGAGCGGGAACCGGGAUCGGGGGCUCCCAGAGCCCCGAGCGGGMGGAGAAGCACGUCCUUCAGCAAUGGACAAGAUUUACACAGACCCCAACGUGGAAAAUGAUAACACAGAGCACAUCAGACGGAAGCGRCUGUCCUCCAUUUUAAAGGUCCCACGAAAUCCUUUGGAUGAUCUGGGACAUGGGAAUGAAAUGACACAGGACAUCAACACAGAGAGACGCAGGAGGAGCUCGCGCAGGGUCAGCUUYGCCAACACCAUCGACUGCAGAGUMUUCCAGAGAGAUCUUAAGAACAGCUCGUCAGAGACAGAAAACACAGUGUGUUCAGCAGAUGAGAAGGAUGAUAUCAUGACUAAUCAGAGUGAAGACCUGGGGUCUGUUUCGUGUGAGAUCACUGGGAUGAACACUUUGCUUCAUGCCCCCAUCCAGGCCUUGGGGCAGCAGAUGGAGUGGCAUGAUGUGGACUGUGCCACUCCAAGGACAGACAGGCAGGACACCACCGUCGUCUUCUCAGAGGAGAAYGAGAUGGAGAUGACAGCCAGUCACACAGCCAUGAUACAACGGAACCUCAGAUCCCAGCAACCUGACAAACCCGAGAAAAUAAACUUCACCUCCUUCCUGGCUAAGUUACAUUCCAGCCAGGCAAAGGCAGAAAGCAGCAAGGAAUUGAGUUUGCUCUCUGAUCCCAACAGCCAUCCAGGCCUGUCUUUGGAACAGAAGGAGGAGGCCACUACUGCGAAAAAAAUAGAUUUAGGUGAUUUUCUGCUGGGACUGAAGCCAAACAAGGAAGGACCCAAUUGUGCUGAGGGACCUGACAAGGAGAAUGUUUGCUGUGUCCCUUCCCAAGGCUCGGGAGAUGUGGCACAACCAUCCAGGGAAUUUGGCUAUUCCUGUGAGCCGCUGGACACCUGCAAUGAGACAAAAGUGUUUCGAGGCCAAGAAGGUGGGAUGGAGAUGACAAAAUAUGAGGCAAUUGAUGUUCAAAUUCCAUUCCCUGGCAUCAGUGAGGCUCCCCCAGAGCAGUGGGAGUGUGCAGAUGUCACCAAGGCAUUUGCAGACGAGGGCAUGGACGUGACMACCAGUCAUACCGCAAAGGUGUCCUUUGCACUCUCCACUGUUGGGAACCAAAAUCUCAGCUUUCAAAAGGAUUUCUCAGCCAGAGGGCUAGAUAAUUCUGUGUUUAGGAGAGCAUCUGAUCAGGACUUAAAUGUUCAGGAGGACCUUCAGUAUUGUGCAGACAGAAAAAGAGCAAAUGAUGAAGGCAGAGGAGACCCCCCAAUGCUGCGAGCUGGGAAACAGGAGGCCAGGACAGUGUCUGCUAUCCAGGGAUCCAUUUCAUCUGAGAUUGUCUUCCGACGGGACAGAACUGUUGUGUUUUCUGAGUGUGAUGACAUGGAAAUGACUGAGAAUUACCAAGGAAAGAGCAGUUCAUUCCAUAAAACCUGUGAAAGGCCAGUGAGUACCAACCCAGGGCUCCCAGGGAGCAGACACYCAUCGUGUGGGGACAUCCCAAAGGGUCUGGCACCUGGAGAUAAUCCUGCUGUUGUGCCCUAUAAAAUCAGUGCACAUGUACGGUCUUCAGCCUCAGGUGGACAUACGGAAAAUGUGUCCCAAGCUCGUAGCACUGCUGCAGGCAGCACUGGGUUUGGCUCAUGUACGCCUUCUGCGGCUUGUGRUGUUCUGAAGAGCAGGUUUCAUCCCUCUGCAAACCCCCAGCUUGCUUUUUCAGGUGAGAAGACAGUAAUAUUCACAGGAGAAGACAUGGACGUGGCUAAAACGUGGUUUGUUAAGGAUGUUGGAAAGAGUGUCGAUAAUGAACAUCCCACUGCAGUGUUCACCUCUGUCACCUGCAAGCCUCAUUUCCUGGGUGACAGAUCCAUGUCUUCCAAUGUAACUGAGCAGGAAGAAAUGGAAAUUACAAGAUGCCACACUGUUGUCUUUGAUGGUCGAAGCACUGGGAUAACAGCAGAACCGAAACAAACGCCCUGUAAAAUCAUUUCAAGAAAGACCCAGAACAGAAAUGUCACCGARGGUGCAUAUUCUGUAGAUAUGGACAAGGAAAAUGUUGAAGUGAGGAGUAUUGAUGGGAAUAUUAAAAGGAGCCAGGCUAUGGAAAGGAAUGCAGAUGGCCAAAACUCAGAGAGGCAAGAGAAACCCCAGCCUUUGAGGGCAGUAAGCAAAGUAUUGCCAACCCAAAGAGACUCUGAGAGACAUUUUUCCAUGGGCAAAACAGGUUAUUCGAGAGAAGAUUUAAAAACUCYCCCGUCAGCUCCUGGGCUGCUCCGGAGGGGUGCGGAAGAGCCGGUGCAGGCCAGGACAUCUGAGCCACCAAAUGGGGGUUCCCACUUGUCUUCCUUUGAAGAAAAGUCUGCUCUCUUUCUCCACAGUGAAAACAUGGACAUAACUGGCAGCUGUGUGGUGAUGGUUCCAGAUUACAGCAUCAACGUUACUUUGUCACAGAAUAAUGCAGCACCUGGAUGCUUUGGUCAAGGUGGAAAUGAAAUUAUGUCCUUAGAAAAAGGGGCCAUGGCAACAACGACGGCGGAGCAGGACGGGCAGGAGGCUGCUGCAGGUGGCAGAAGAGUCAGUUUUGCUCUGCCUCAGGACAUGGAGAUGACCACAACUCACACCAUUCCCUCUUCUGUUUUAUCAGCCUCAGCAUUUCCUAGAGAGAAGGCAGCCACCAAGAACCCCAGUGGCACAGCACUACAGUCUGCUGAUUCGAUCUCACUUCAAGAAAAUAUUACAGAUGUGGGUGCACCAGGGGAUCAUGGCCUUCCCAUGGAUAAUUCCGUCCCUGUAGGCAGGGAACAGGAUCUCAUGUCACCAGAAAAACUGCAAUCAAAGGGAGUGUCUUUCAAGUCCCUAAGUAAGGGCCCUGUGGAUCCCAGUGGAGAAAGCAGCAGUUUGGGAUCCUGUGUUCCCUUUCCCAUGAAGGGAUCAGAUCCCUGGAAGGGUUGUUCGUAUGCCCCUAGUACUCAGAGAAACCAAGUGGAAGAGGAUUCAUCUCGGCAUGAAGAGUCAGCUYUGGGCUUGGCUGGGGCAAACCUCAUUCCAGCUGCUAACAAGGAAUCCAAGACAAAUGAGGAGCUCUCAGCUGAAGGGGAGGCACCUCCAAAAGACUUUCAAGUAAACUCUGAACAAACUGAGCAACCUUUGGUCAGUGACAGUUCAAGGGAUCAGGCAGAUCCCUCUCUUCCACCACCAAUUUCGCGYAUUUUGGGUAUUUGUUCAAAACUGAAAGAUCUAACAAACAAAUCUCUUUCCGUUUCCAAAGCYGCUUCUGACCAGCUGCCCAGUUCCUCAGCUCAGCCAGAGGAAGCCCUGAAUUUGGGAAAAAAUACUGUCAGUGAAGSAAAUAACUUCUUUGAUACCAAACAGCAGGAGAACAAACGUCUGGAAUCUGGACCUGCUCCCAUAGGAAUGGCACCUAAGGAUAAAUAUCCAGGAAUAAAUAUCCCUCUGGGUAUAUUCAAGCCUAAAUUACCAAACAAGAGAAAUCCUGUUUCCAUUGUACAGGACACAAAUACAAAAUCAGACAGAGCAGAAGCCCCAGUUCCAGCAAACACCAGUGAAACCCCAGGUAACAAGUCCAGUAGGCAGAACUUCAGCCCUUCUGAGUUCCUWGCAGAAGAAUUUUUCCCUGUGUGCCUGGAGGACACAGAUUCCAACGACUCUCUCAUCUCUGAACUUGUGGAAAAUGCUUGGGAUGAUAAAAACAAAAAACAAAUCCCCCACUCUGAAAAGGCAUUUGAASAGGCAAAAUCUCACAACACAAAAAGGGCUUUUGAACAAAAUGAGGAGGAUCUUCAAAGCCCAAAGAAGGCCAAGAGGGAUGAACAUGUGGAUGCUGGCACCUGUCAAGACUUGGAGGUGACUUUUGAUGUUGUGCCUCAGGACCAAGCAGGAGUUGGUGAAGGUGUAGAAUCUCCAAAUCUCUCUGCCAAAAGCCCUGAGUGUCCUCACGCCAGCACCAGCAGCUCCCUGGAUUCUGUGAAGGCUGACACAGAGUUAACAUUGCAGCGCAGCACUCAGUUGGAGUCCCAGCUUCUCAUGGACAGCAUUUGUGAAGAAAAUUUAUGGGAGAAAUUUCAGAGUGGUACUAUCACGGUUGGGGAGUUUUUUACCCUUCUUCAAGUCCAUAUUGUGAUUCAGAAGCCCCGGCACAGCCAGCUUCCAGCCAGUUGUGAAGCCAGUGCACCUCCCACUGCAGAAGAUCUCAUCUACAGCCAGUACAUUCACCGGCCCAAGCUGCAGAUUUACGAGGAGGAUUGCCAGGACUUGUCUCAGAAAACAGUGGAUUUAAAACCCCAUGUAAGUACCCUGGAUCAGCCACUGGUGCACGUGAACAGGAGUUUGUGGGAAGUAAUGAGAACCUGCACUGAUGAAGAGCUGAGGAACUUUGGAGCAGAACUGAAGAAGAUGAAAUCCUGUUUCACCAAGGAGGCUAAAAUCUUGUCUCACAAUGAGAAGGAGAUACUGUAUAGGAAACUACUGCAGUGUGCUGAGGAACAAUGCAGAAAGCUCCAGUCAAGAAUAGAAAAGGUGAAUGACUGGAUGAAGGAGGCUGACAGCUCCAUGGUUACUCUGGAAUCAGAUUCUUGGCAUGAAGAAGAAGCCAGCUGCGGUGCUGGAAAGGCAGGAGGGCAGAAUGUACAGCAAGAAAUGGGAAGCGUCACAGUGCAAGAAGAGGAACUUCUGAGAGAACUGUCAGAGAUGGAYGCUGAGGAGGASCGUGAUUUGGCUGAGAUGGAGGAGCACAGGAAGACUAUAAAGGCCUGCCUGGAUAUCCUGAACAAAUAUGACUUCACUGAGUGGGAGUUGGUCGAUUGGAGUGAGCAGCAAGCUGUCUUUAAUUUUCUUUAUGAUUCUGUGAUGCUCACAGUUGUGUUUGGACCCCCAAUAGAUGGUGAGCUUUUCGCUUCACGUCCUUCCAGACACAUCAUUAGCCUGGACUUUGAAUCCUGCCUGGAUGAGGAACAAGCUCCACCCUCCUCGUGUUUAGUCCUAAGRCUCAUCUUCCAGUUCAUUGAAAGUCGGGGAAACUGGCAGGAAAAGUGUCCCACAGUGUGCUACUUGUCCCGGGCUCUGUUUGACAUCUCCUUGGUGGUGAAUCGCUGCAGAAUCUUGGGAGACGAGUUGGAAUUUCUGAAGAGGUGGGGUGCAAAAUUCCAYCUCCUGGAGACAGAUAUCAAAGACACAGAGGUGAAGCUCGUGUUCUCCUCUACCGCGGCUUUUGCGAAGUUUGACUUGACUCUGGCUCUCUCUCAUGAUUACCCAUCUGCUGUACUUCCCUUCAGUGUCCACACCCGCAUUGGGAAUAUCGGGGAGAAGGAAAUUGCUCCUGUUCUCUCCAGUGUUCCAGUUGGUCACCACUAUCUGCGGAGAAUAGUUGCCUCGAUCAAUCACAGUCUGCUCCUGGGUCCCAAAUGAUCCACUGGAUCCACGGGCAGGACUGAAGCAUCAGAAWGUGAAUUUAGUCUUCUGAGAAUUCCAGCUGUGUCUCCCUGGAAUGGGAAUGCUGUUACCYACUCAGCUCUAGAAUUCCUGCCUAUUUAAUACUGUGGCUUAGACCAAGUAGAACACUUGGUGUAGGACACAUGUUUUACAAAAGCAGGGAUGUCUAAAGCAUAGGAGGAAGGAAUUCCCAUGUAUUUUAUAAAUUCAAGUUGCCUUUUAUGUUCUGUCAGUCACUGGUGGUCAUUUCUGGCACAAAGGGUCAUGAUUCAAUAAUCAUUCAAAGCAUGAAUAUUCUUCUCCAUAGGCCAUAAAUUUUGUCCUGGGGUCAUUUGCAGAGCUCUUGGACAAAGCAGUGAUGAGUGUUCUCUAAAUCAUUACCCCUGGAAUUUACUUCCACUGUCAUUAUUUCAUGUAUGCCAUGCACAAUUAAACAGAUCCCAUCUUGUCCGGUGUAAAUCCGAUUUUAUUCCCUGGGACCCCUCUCAGGCCAAACACUAUAUCCUUGCAUCUGAUUAAUUAAGCAGUUAACCUGUAGCAAUUAAUCAGGUCGCCAAAGUCAGAAAUAUUUUUGGAAUUAAGACUAAAAAUCCMUGUGCUUGCCCACAGACUUUGGGAUGCAACAGCCUCAAAGCCGUCACCGUGAUUCUCUSGUUGAAGUUAGUUCUGACAUUCAUUAGUCCAGCACUAUCUCUUAGUCUUAGUCCAGCACUAUCUCUGGGGCACUGUCCCAGUUUGGAAUGCUGAGGAAUUUUAGGGAGGAGCCUGAACUCCUUAAGCUUGGGAGUAUCUGUGAGCUCUAGCUUGGUUUUGGAUAUGUUUUGUGUAUUGUAUUAUGGGGGUCUUGCUGUUGGAACUGAUCUCAUCCUGACUGUGUUUUCAAACCAAAGCACCAGGCCUGGCUCAGCUCUUAGUUCUGUGGCUGCAAAUCUUUGGACCCUGUAAAAAAUGUUGAAUUUAAAAAUGUUUUCCUUUAUUUUGGUGUUUAURUAUUUUAUCUUUUUACAGAGUUUUUGUGUUUGAGAAGUGAAAGUUUAAUAAAGAUUGGAUUUAUCACUCUGCUUCAA